AUGUCAAACACUGGUUCAAAUGAUGCAGACGGAAAAUAUUCUCAUCAGGGCUGCACAAGCGGGUAUCUCCGCCGGGCGAAAAAGAAAGGAAAGACAUUGGCGCUGCGCCGAAAACGAUGGUACGCCCUCGACGGUGCAAUUUUUUCAAAGCAUUUUUACGAGCACAUUAACAUCCAGGGAUCUGAAAUUGAACGACUGGGCAAAACAUACUUCGCCAUAGUUCUCAAAUCUCUUGCAGAUGGAGAGGCGGCUUCAGAUUUUGAUCAAAACAACCUCAUCUUACACGCAAAGACAGAAGAGGACUGCACUACUUGGGUUAAAGCACUGAAGUACGCGUCCGUGAGACGAAUUGAAAACCAUUACACUAUCGGACCAUUGAUUGGGGAGGGUGGUUUCGCACAGGUUCGCCUCGGAAAGUGCAUCCAUACCGGAGAACCGAAGGCGAUUAAAACGAUGAAAAAGGAUGAAGCCUACGCCAAAAUUUUCGGAACAGAAGUUGCGAUUAUCAAGAAAGUUAAUCACCCAAACAUUGUGAAAACGUAUGAUGUUUUCGAAACUUCGAUGCACAUUCACAUUGUUAUGGAAUACCUAGAAGGAGGGAUGCUGUACGAUGCAAUAGAAGACGGUGUGAGGUUUGACGAGGAAGAUAUUGCCCAAUUCAUGCGAGAGCUCAUCGAUGGUAUUCUGUAUCUUCAUGACAUGGGCAUAGUCCACAGAGAUCUAAAACCUGAGAAUGUGCUAUGCAAGAGUAGGAAGCCCCCACUUCACGUGAAAAUUGCAGACUUUGGCCUGUCAAGCCUUUCAAGCGUGGCUGGGCAUAGGGCUAAUCAAAUGGUGAUGUCCACUGUGAUAGGAACCCCGGAAUUCAUUGCGCCUGAAAUCGCGAGAAGAGAGGCGUACACAGAAAAGGUUGACAUCUGGGCCUUGGGGAUGCUUUGCUACAACGUAAUAUGUGGUGCUCUUCCCAUCAAUGAAAAUAUGGAUAUCCUUCCUCAACUAAUGGAAGGAGUAACACUGUCCUUUCCGGAGCCAGAGUGGAGAAUGUACAGCGAACUGUCUCGUUCUUUUGUUAGAGCGCUGCUUUGCAAUGAACCGAAAAAGAGAUUGAGUCCGUUAGGAUGUUUGGUGCAUCCCUGGCUUGAAAGCCACAAGCCAAAGGAAUCAAACAAAGUUGGGGCUCACGGACGAGUCUCUGCGGCUUUGCUAAGGCAAGAACCCAGUAACAGUUUUCGUUUCAGCAGGUCAGGAUUGCUAUCUCUAGCCUCUCGGGAACGCGUGAGGUUCAAGUAUAGCUCUGAUGUUAAAAGGUAUUGGAAGGUAGCCUACAUGGCUGUCGUAGCAGUGAACUGGUUUGACUCGUUUAUUCAUCCUGAACGUUACAAGACUUUUGCUUCUGAGUCGCACGCGAAGAGAACAUCUCAUACAAGCUCGCGUGAAGGCAGGGAAUCGGAGAACAAUGGUGAGCAGUCCAAUGAUUUUUGUAUGCCAGAUACGGAUAUGGCAAUGUACGCCAGCGAUACGGACGAUGAUUCGGCAGUGUUUUCUCCUUUCUUGUCAAAAUCAAUUACUGAGGAAGAGCAGUCAGGAAGGCUCUUAAAAGUAAUCCAAUCGAAACGAAAGUCCACAGGCCAGGAAAACAAGUUGACAGAGAAAGUUAGCUCUCUGCGGCCUGGGCACACGACUGCUCCAGGACGUAUACGUAGUUUUGAAGGACAGAAGAAAAACACCAUGAACAAAUUCUUGAGUGCAAUUUCCCAAGGGAGAGAGAAGAGGCUUGCACCAGUGAGGAAGUUCUCCAAGAGACUUGGCCUCAUCGGUGAAGACAAGAAAAGAAGAUCCGCGGCACUGUCAUCAAAGUCGAAGGCAGACUUCGAUAUGGACCUAAAGAGUCUUAACGUGGUGUCUGUUCAGGACGGGGACAUUCAGGGCUUGGAUGAUUUUGAAGACUCUGUUGUGUCUUCUCCUUCUUCCUUGUUUGGCAAAAGGCAUAAAUCCUUGAUGAGAAAUUUGAAAAAGAAGGUGACUCCCUCGUCGCCUACGACUCCGUCGCCGAAGUAA